AAAGAAAAUUGGUAUAAGAGAAAAAGAGGGGAAAAAUAUGAGUUUCAGGGAUGAUUGUGAAGACGGGAGGGAUCUACGGAAGCCAUUUCUGCAUACCGGAAGCUGGUAUCGAAUGGGUUCAAGGAUGGGCUCAAGUAUGCUGGGUUCAUCUCAAGCUAUUCGUGAUAGCUCCAUCUCUGUUGUAGCCUGCGUUUUGAUUGUGGCUUUGGGUCCUAUCCAAUUCGGUUUCACUUGUGGAUACUCUUCUCCUACACAAUCUGCAAUCGUCAAGGACCUUGGAUUAACAGUCUCAGAGUAUUCUGUAUUUGGUUCUUUAUCAAAUGUGGGUGCCAUGGUUGGAGCAAUAGCCAGUGGUCAGAUAGCAGAGCAUAUAGGGAGAAAAGGGUCUUUGAUGAUUGCUGCAAUUCCUAAUAUAAUUGGAUGGCUUGCUAUAUCAUUUGCAAGAGAUGCAUCUUUUCUUUACAUGGGAAGAUUAUUGGAGGGUUUCGGUGUGGGAAUAAUCUCAUAUACGGUGCCUGUGUAUAUAGCUGAGAUUGCACCUGAAAACUUGAGGGGAGGCUUGGGUUCAGUGAAUCAGUUGUCUGUCACCAUUGGAACAAUGUUGGCGUAUUUGUUGGGACUUUUUGUAGAAUGGAGGAUACUUGCAGUUGUAGGAAUUAUUCCUUGUACGGUUUUGAUACCAGGUCUAUUUUUCAUUCCGGAAUCUCCGCGAUGGCUGGCGAAAAUGGGAAUGAUGGAAGAUUUCGAAGCUUCUUUGCAAGUUCUCAGAGGUUUCGAUACUGAUAUUUCUAUCGAAGUGAAUGAAAUCAAGAGAUCUGUAGCUUCAACAACUAAAAGAAGUACAAUUCGGUUCACAGAACUCAAAAAGCGGAGAUAUUGGUUUCCAUUGAUGGUCGGAAUCGGACUACUUAUGCUGCAACAACUAUUAGGCAUUAAUGGUGUUCUAUUCUAUUCCAGUACCAUUUUCGAAGCUGCUGGAGUUAGAUCUAGCAAUAUAGCUACUUUUGCAGUUGGUGUCAUUCAGGUCAUUGCUACUGCUGUAACCACAUGGUUGGUGGACAAAACAGGGCGUCGGCUUCUGCUUAUUGUCUCCACUUUUGGAACAACUCUCAGCCUCCUAGUUGUUGCUGUCUCAUUCUUUUUAAAGGAUGUAGUAGCAAGUGAUUCUAGCCUUUAUAACAUUAUGGGCAUCUUGUCAGUAGUUGGAGUUGUGGCACUGGUGAUUACUUUCUCUCUAGGAAUGGGGCCUAUUCCUUGGGUGAUAAUGUCGGAGAUUCUUCCAGUAAAUAUAAAGGGUCUUGGAGGAAGCAUAGCCACAUUUUCCAACUGGCUCUCUGCGUGGCUAGUUACAAUGACUGCCAACCUGCUUUUGGGCUGGAGCAGUGGAGGAACCUUUACGAUGUACAUGCUUGUAAGCGCGUUCAGUAUCGUAUUUGUGUCUCUUUGGGUCCCCGAGACAAAAGGCAAAACACUCGAAGAAAUCCAACAGUCUUUCGGAUAAGCUUUUCUUCUUCCUUUUCCUUAGAAGAAUCCAAUU